AUGCGCUAUUCUCACUGUCAAAGGGUUUUAGAAACUGAGCACAAGCGACAAACCCAUCUUUUGGGACGCGAGGGUCGCAUUACUCAGCUGAAGUACACGACAACUGCCCUUCUGCUUCUAUAUGUAAUCUGCUGUUUUUCUUCUUGGCGUCAUCCGAAGCCAACGUCUCACAUUUGGAUUGAUGAGGUACUAGUGGAGGUGCUAGAGGAUAGCUGGACCGCGACGAUUACAGGUCUACUCUUCUGGUUACUCUUCAUGAGUAGUGCACUGCUGUUCGCUUUUUUGCACUGUACACGACCAGAUAAAAGACCUCUUCAUUUUUCAAAUAUUGAGCACUUCUGCUCGUCCACGGAGCUUCCUCAGGGUUCUGAAACCACUUGUGACCACCAGCAAUCUAACUUGCGUCCAUCAAACGUGAUUUCACUUAUGAAUCCUGUGGUUUCAUACCCCAAAGCGGAAGAUGAUAGGAAAGAGGGGUUGCGCGCCGGUGUGCCUUUAGAUAGGGUGGGCGGCAUAUCUCUGGAUGGACAUAGCCAAACGGUUGCUGCAGUACCUACACGCCGCCCAAGAAGUGUUGUCACUUCUACAACUUCAGUAUGUAGCGCUAAAGGUUUAGACAACUUUCUUGGGACACGUUUUGGGUCUAAAACCUUCGAGCCAUUUUCUGAAGCCUCAACAGAGCCUGUUAUGCCCUCACUAUCUUUGGGCACUCCUCUUAACCCUGUUCGAGUCCAAACUGGAGGCGUGAGGCUUCCGCAGGAAGGGUGUCUUAACGUGCUCUAUGACGACGCUCGUGGGGAGCGUCUGAGGGAAGCUGCAGCUGCCACGGGCGCUGCUUGCGGUUCAGCUAUAGAGGGCCAUUCAGAGUCCCACGUUUUUGGUGACGCAGAGUGGCUGAGUUUAGGUGUCUAUGACCCUGAGCAGGCGCUUUUUCGCGUGAGGGAGUGGGUUCGUGACAUUUGCUUUCGUCUUAGCAGUGAAGUCGAUCAGUGUAACCAAUGGCUAGCCACCCAGGAGUUGACGGCCUUUGACUGUAACCACUCACUGCAAGAAACGCUCUCCAUAAGACCACCUCCCACCUCGAUGUCGAGCUCCUCAUUCACAUGGGGCCAGUCGCAACCUUUACAGCAACAACCGAUGAGACAAGUACAAAAACGAGAGCUGAUUCUUUCUGAACGACAGAAGCUUCAGCAGUCUGUUGUGCAGGACUUUAACGUUAUCUUACACCUAAACCAGCGACUGGCACUUGAAAAACGAUUAGAUGUCACACGCACGCUUCCUCAGGGUACAGUGACAUCCAACUCUGAGCUUGCUGCUCGACAGCACUACGUCGUGUCACGAUUAGGAACGCUAACUAAAAGUAAGAAGUUGCUUUCCUACAAACACAGUGGUGGGGAUACCGAUACGUGGCGUGAAGGGUUUCCCUGCGAUGCACAUAUUCUUCUGCAUGUGAUUCGCACUUCUGUGGAGGGAAUGGAAGGAUACAUCCGGUUAGGCUUUCAGAGUAGCUCUCAGACCCAGGAUUUGGCUAUCUGUGUAGGGGAUACGGGUGAGCCGUACUUUUAUGUACGCUACCGAACUCAGAUUACUGACAGACGUCUGACUCCUCGUCCAGGGGUCAACUCUCUUUUCGAAUCUCUUUUAAUCUACACGGCUAUCAUUCACAGAUAUCACCACGAUGUGUACGGGGGGAUUCGUGGGACCGUAGAUUUGAAACGAACUGGCCUAAUUAAUAUUCUUAAAGAAUAA